GUCGGACUGGGGCGCCGGGUCCCGCGCACUUGGCUUCGCACGCUGGACUCGCCGGGCUCGACCGCUUUGCGUUUAAUUCUCUCACGAUGUGUCUAAAAGAUGCGCAAGCUGUUUGUAGAUGUUGCAGAACACGGCUCGAGGACUGCUUGCCUUGCUCUUUGUGGUGCUGGAGUUGACCCGGCCCGGCCGACCGACCCCACUGAGACCCAUCUGUGACGGGAGGGUCCUGAACCCUUUCAUUACGGAGGCGCAGGACGCACAUGCUGCCAUGAGGUCAUGUAGAGAAGGAUGUGGCCUGUCCACCGAUGUCACGGUUCCCCAAACCAAAGUCAACUUCGAUGAAUGGGAGAAGAAAAGUGCACCGGAGCAAAUCGAGGAGGUGCAGUCCGGCCUGUGGCUUCUACAACAGGCCUUCAGCUUCCUCAGAACCUCUGUCACCAACACGGCGCUGCACGGCCACAUAGACAACUCCCUCAGCAACCUGCUCAGCAUCAAAAAUCUGCUGCGCCGUCACAACAUCCAGGAAUAUACCACACCAGCAAGUACAGCCGAGCUCAAGGAUACAUGGACGGUGUCCUCGGCAGCGGAUGUGCUACAAAACUAUAUCAUUUUCUUGCGGGGCAAAGUGCAACUCCUCCUUUCGGGCACACAGGCUUGUCGGCCGGAUGGCAGCUGAUUGGCUGCCCUCCCGACUCCGGGCGAAGCCAAUUUGUGUUUCCAAAGGCAAAAAGAGGAGGGACUUGACACUGUUGGCAUGCACCCUUGGACGGUGGACCCGGCCGUCCUCACGUGAGCGGAAGAGGGGAAAGGACAGUCCGAUCCAGGCUGCGGAUGAACGGGGAGACGAUAGCCCCUUGGAAUGUAGAUGUGACCCAGGAACACGGUGAAGAACCAAAUGACCAUGAAGAUGCCUUUGGGAAGCACUGCUCCAAAAGCUGUUCUACUGGCACUCUCUUGCACUUAUGUGUGUGUGGAUGUACUUCUGCCUAAGUCAAUACUGGGAGGUUGAAUCGGUUUGUUUCCAGUGAGAUUGACCCCUCGCACUCUUGUCUUCAGAGUGAAACCCCCAGCAAAUAUAAUUAUCAGACCGCGAGGUCACGACAGAGCAUCCAUACCCAAUACCACUGCAAAAAGUCCCAAAUAUUCACAAGGCCUCACCCCACAGCCCUUUAACUUCACCCCACAGAAACCCUCGUCUUCUGAGAUUCUUGUUUGUUCACAGAAUAUUUUAAUAUAUUUUUUAACGGUUGUGUAAUAACUAUUUAUACAGAUUUUCUACUUUUAAAGCUCAAGACGUAUUGUUGGUGUCGGGCUCGCCUUGCCUUGUUCACUUGUGUGACAUUGAAUACAUUCACAAAGGGCUUUGACACCGUUUGCACUGGCACGCUGCCAUCUUCCUUUUUAUAGACGCGGUGGACCCCGCUUGCUGUUACAGUCUCUUCCUUCAGAAGUCACAGCCAAAGACUAAGACGUUGACACGGAGGCUCGGAGCGUCAGUGAGGAGGAGGGUCACAUGAGAGCUGCGAAGCCGUUUCCCUAUCAACACACUGAUGGCGAGACAGUCGGAGUCUGGAAAAAAAAAGAAGGUUCCAGCUCUUACAUUUAACAUCCUGUGAGGCUCUAAUUGCAAAUGGUUUCCCAGAACGUGACGCUAGAGCCUCUGUUGUUCGUCAUCAAACGGCAGACAGGCAAUCAGUUAGUCCUGGGAACUUGGGGGUUUUCUAUCAAAUGGAAGCUCAACUGUUUCAGACUAGUUAAGUGGUCUUCCUUGUUUUCUUCCGUGUUGUUAUAUCAUGUUGUGCAAGUGCAAGAUGUUUUUAAGGAUGUUUGUACAUGUUUUCUUUCCUGUUAUUUUUCACCCUGGCUGGUUUGUCCCAUACCUGUAUAAUUUGCUAUUUAAAUACAAAAAUAUUAUUCUUGGAUAAAGAGAGGAUAGACGGAAAAACAAC